CUCUCUGUCAGAUUUUACUAACCGCACGUGCGCCUCACGUUUCCCCUUAGAAUUUCCGAUCAUCAGUCUUGCUGUUCAGUUCCAUCACCAAAUCCAACCAUCCGCCUCCGCGGUUGACAAUCCGGCUUAGUGCCUAAACCCAACGGAACCGCCACCGUCUUGGCUGCGACACCGUGGGAGCUCAUUUUCAACGUUGCAUGUACCUCCUUCCGCUCAAAUUCUCUCCUUACAGUUCCUACUCCAAAACCCUAAAACCCCAUAACGCCACCCCACCGCCACCGCCGCCGCUGCGCCUACUCGUCAGGAUGAAGGACCGGCCGCCGUCUCCUUACGGCGCGCUUUAUGUACCGCCACACCAUCGCCUCCGCUCUGUAAUUACCGCUGCCUCGACCACUACCGAUUCCAAGCCUACAAAUGUAGCCACUUACAGUGAUGGUGACGAACGGCGCUCGUUUACUAGCCCAAAAGUCAAUAAUGAUGCUAGUAGUAAUAACGUUAGUUCUUAUCCUUACUUGCCUCCUCAUCUCUAUCGGAAGCAACUUCAACAGCAGAAGGAAAUUUCACGGCAUGAUGAGGUGGCGGAAGAAGACUCCGGAUUCGAAUUUUCGGCACAGCCUGUUGCUGCUUCCUCGGAGAAUAUUAUUGCAUGGAAACGGAAGUUAAACACUCUUUUGCGCAGUGCAGAUAAGCAAGAGUUGGUAUCGAGAGAAAAAAAGGAUAGACGUGAUUUUGAGCAAAUAGCAGCCUUAGCAAGCAAAAUGGGCUUAUAUAGCCAUCUCUAUAUGAAAGUAGUUGUUGUGAGUAAAGUUCCAUUACCCAAUUACCGGUUUGAUCUUGAUGACAAGCGUCCCCAGAGGGAGGUGAUCUUGCCUCCUGGUCUGCAAAAGCGCGUGGAUGCUUAUUUUGUGGACUACAUUUCUGGGAAGUGUAAGAGUCUGGAUACGCUUUCAACAUCUAGUAGUGAUGCCAAUAUUGCUGCUGAAGAAUCCCUUUUUGAGGAACCAGAACCACUUCCACAUAGUAAAGCUGCCAUGGAGAAAAUUUUCUGGCGUAGAAGUGUACAAAUGCGCAAUGAGCAGUACACUUGGCAGGAAUCUCCCGGAGGAAGAAAGAUGAUGGACUUCCGUUGUAGUCUCCCUGCUUACAAGGAGAAAGACACAAUAUUAAAUGCCAUUUCACAGAACCAGGUUGUCAUCAUCUCUGGAGAAACUGGUUGUGGCAAGACUACCCAAAUUCCUCAAUUUAUUUUGGAGUCUGAGAUAGACUCUAUGCAUGGGGCCACGUGCAAUAUUAUAUGUACUCAGCCAAGAAGAAUAUCUGCGAUAUCUGUAUCUGAGAGGAUUGCUACAGAGAGGGGGGAGAAUCUGGGGGAAACAGUUGGAUAUAAAGUUCGGCUAGAGGGCGUGAAAGGAAGGGAUACCCACCUCCUUUUCUGCACAACUGGCAUCUUGUUGCGCAGAUUAUUAAUUGACAGAAACUUAAAGGGUGUAACACAUAUUAUAGUGGAUGAAAUUCAUGAACGUGGGAUAAAUGAAGAUUUUCUGCUUAUCGUUUUGAAAGAUCUUCUUCCUCGUCGUCCAGAAUUGCGGCUUAUUUUGAUGAGUGCAACUUUAGAUGCAGAACUUUUCUCCUCAUACUUUGGUGGGGCUCCAGUGGUUCAAAUCCCGGGUUUUACUUAUCCAGUACGGACACAUUUCCUAGAAAGUAUUUUGGAGACAACAGGAUACCAGUUGACACCUUAUAAUCAAAUAGACGAUUAUGGUAUAGAAAAGAUGUGGAAGAUGAGCAAACAAACACCAAGAAAGAGAAAAAGCCAAAUUGUUUCAGCAGUGGAGGAUACACUUAGUGCUGCUGACUUCAAGGAUUAUAGUGCUCUGACAAGGGAGUCCUUGUCUAAUUGGAACCCUGAUUGCCUUGGUUUCAAUCUCAUAGAGUAUCUUCUAUGCAAUAUAUGUGAAAAUGAAAGGCCAGGGGCUAUUUUAGUUUUCAUGACUGGCUGGGAUGAUAUAACAUCUCUGAAAGAUAAGCUCCAAGCUCAUCCUAUACUAGGAGAUACAAAUCUAGUUUUACUAUUGGCAUGCCAUGGUUCAAUGGGCAGCGAAGAACAGAAAUUGAUUUUUAACAAACCUGAAGAUGGAAUAAGGAAGAUUGUCCUGGCCACCAAUAUUGCUGAAACCAGCAUCACUAUUGAUGAUGUGGUUUUUGUAAUUGACUGCGGGAAAGCAAAAGAGACAUCAUAUGAUGCGCUAAAUAACACUCCUUGUUUGCUUCCUUCCUGGAUUUCGAAGGUUUCAGCAAAACAAAGAAGAGGAAGAGCUGGACGUGUUCAGCCAGGAGAAUGCUAUCAUCUCUAUCCAAGAUGCGUGUUUGAUGCUUUCGCGGAGUAUCAACUACCCGAAAUUCUAAGGACUCCUCUGCAGUCUCUUUGUUUGCAAAUCAAGAGUCUGAAACUCGGUGGUAUCUCUGAGUUCCUAUCUAGGGCAUUGCAAUCACCAGAGUAUCUUGCGGUCCAAAAUGCCAUUGAAUACCUAAAAAUCAUUGGGGCUUUAGAUGAGAAUGAGAAUUUGACUGUUUUAGGACGCUACCUUACAAUGCUUCCUAUGGAGCCCAAACUUGGGAAAAUGCUUAUACUUGGUGUUAUAUUUAAUUGCUUGGACCCAAUACUAAGUGUCGUUGCUGGUCUAAGUGUCCGUGAUCCUUUUUUAGCUCCAAUGGAUAAGAAGGAUCUUGCGGACGCAGCAAAAGCACAGUUUUCACAUGAUUACAGUGACCAUCUUGCUCUUGUCCGGGCAUAUGAGGGCUGGAAAGUUGCUGAUAGAGAUAACGCUGGAUAUGAAUAUUGCUGGAAGAAUUUUCUGUCUGCACAGUCUAUGAAAGCUAUUGAUUCCCUUCGUAAGGAGUUCUACUCUUUGCUGAAGGACACAGGUCUUGUUGAUAGCAACCCAACCAUUUAUAAUGUCUGGAGCUAUGAUGAACAUCUCCUUCGUGCAAUUAUUUGUUAUGGGUUGUAUCCUGGAAUUUGCUCUGUUGUGCACAAUGAAAGAUCGUUCUCCCUGAAAACAAUGGAAGAUGGGCAGGUGCUUUUGUACUCUAACUCGGUGAAUGCACGUCACUCAAGAAUACCUUAUCCAUGGCUCGUUUUCAAUGAAAAGAUAAAAGUAAACUCUGUCUUUCUUCGGGAUUCAACUGCUGUGUCUGAUUCAAUGCUGCUCUUAUUUGGUGGAAGCAUCACGAAAGGGGAUAUGGAUGGCCACUUGAAAAUGUUGGGUGGAUACUUGGAGUUUUAUAUGGAUCCUGCUUUAGCAGACCUAUAUCAGAGUUUGAGGAGAGAGCUUGACCAAUUAAUUCAGAUCAAACUUCUAAAUCCCGCAAUGGACAUACGCACAUAUCAUGAGCUUCUUUCAGCAGUACGUCUGCUGAUCGCAGAAGAUCAGUGUGGUGGCAGGUUUGUGUUCAACCGUCAGGUACUACAGCCUUGCAGUCAAUCCAUUGGGCCAACAGCAGCACAAAAACCAGCCUUGACGUUUAAUACAGAAAGUGGCCCUGGAGGUGAUAACCCUAAAAGCCAGCUGCAGACGUUGCUGACUCGGGCAGGCCAUGCCACACCCAGCUAUAAGACUAAGCAGCUAAAGAACAAUCAGUUUCAAGCAACAGUGGAAUUCAAUGGUAUGCAGCUUAUGGGGCAGCCUUGCAACAACAAGAAGCAAGCAGAAAAAGAUGCAGCAGCUGAGGCUCUGCAGUGGCUACUAGGGGGGAAUGUAGUAGGUCGUGAUUAUAUUGACCACAUAUCAAUGCUGCUGAAAAAAAGCAAGAAAGAUCACAAAUAAACUUGUAGGUGUCUUGGAAUGUGACAUGCACCGAGUUACAGUAAAGAAGAGAUACCUGUUGGUAGGCACAAAAGUAGCCGCAGCCUUGCAUGGAUGCCAGCUAAGGAGUGCUUUGCCACUGCCACAUAAGCAACAAGAAAGUUGUGAAGCAUCAUGCUGAGACUUUACCGUCGAUGCACAGAGUUUCAAGUUCAAGGUGAGAUAUCUUCCCAUUCUUCUCCUAUCUCUGCUUGUGAAGGGAACCAAACCUUGAGUGGGUACCGAGCUAGAGUGCUGGCCAGCUUUUGACCGACUUUCAUUGGCUUAUGUUUGCUUGGGGUUUCUGGGUUGCUUCUUGACCUGGGAAGCCGAGAACUGUUGGAAAAUCAACACUUUGACCGGAAAAGGGUGAUUCUGUCCACCCCACUAAUCCAACUAAUCCUCCCUUUUUAUCUAUAAUGAGGAGUAUGCAUGGUUUAUGGCCCGAGUGGUGGUGUUCUCUGGAAAUUUCCUCUUAGUUUUGAAGACUCAACUGCAUUUGGUUGCAUCACCCCACCCACCCAAUUGUUAAUAGAAUGGAUGCUUAAUUUAUAUUAAAAAUCCAUCCAAUUGGCAAGGAUGGUCCAGGAAGAUUGAGUUUCAGCUACCAUACAUUGGAUUUGAAUUGAAAAAUAAGCAAUUGUGUAUCUCUUUGUAUGAUUAUCUCGCCCUAAGUUGAUAACUUAUAUUGGUA